UCUUCUCUCUCUUCCUAUUUAUUAUCCCCUAACCUUAAACCCACAGAGAUAAAUUCCCGCUGCGUUUCCCCAUUGCUGCUGUAAAAUUAAGCUCGAGAAGCGGAUGGAGCAGGGCUACAAUCCCCGGACCGUUGAAGAAGUGUUUAGGGAUUUCAAGGGCAGAAGAACUGGACUCAUCAAAGCCCUCACCGCAGAUGUUGAAGAAUUUUUCCAGCAGUGUGAUCCUGAGAAAGAGAAUUUGUGCUUGUACGGGUUUCCAAAUGAGCAAUGGGAGGUCAAUUUACCUGCUGAAGAAGUACCUCCGGAACUCCCUGAGCCUGGAUUGGGAAUCAACUUUGCUAGGGAUGGGAUGCAAGAAAAGGACUGGCUAUCUCUAGUUGCAGUCCACAGUGACGCAUGGCUACUUUCUGUUGCCUUCUACUUUGGUGCUAGAUUUGGAUUCGAUAAAGCUGACAGGAAGCGGCUUUUCAACAUGAUCAAUGAUGUCCCUACUGUGUUCGAAGUUGUGACGGGUGCUGCCAAGAAACACCAGAAAGAAAAAACUCUAAACAACAGCAGCAACAAGUCGAAGUCCAACUCCAAACCGCGAAUGAUGGAAAGUACUCAGCCAAAGUUCUCACAUCCACAGCCAAAGGACGAAGACCCAAAAGACGACGACGAGGUCCUAGACGAGGAAGACGAGGAUGAGCAUGGGGAGACACUAUGCGGCGCCUGUGGGGAUAACUAUGCAUCGGACGAAUUCUGGAUCUGCUGCGACAUAUGCGAGAAGUGGUUCCAUGGCAAAUGCGUGAAGAUCACCCCUGCCAGAGCCGAGCACAUCAAGCAGUACAAGUGUCCUUCGUGCAGCAACAAGAGAGCCCGCCAGUAGCCUUAGCGUAGACUUCGAACCCUUAGAGGUCUGUAACUUUUCCAAGACUAGUCAAUUUAUAUCCCAUUCCUUGUUUUAAGUUAUCAAGCUGUGAAUGUUAACUUUUUGAUUGGGGAUUUUGUUUAUUCGUAUAGUAUCAGCUUCUUUUUCA